GCCGGUCUAAACGUGGACAGCAGCUCCAGUGGUCUAGUUGUCCGUUUGGUCACCCAUUGCCAUCCCCAUCUCAAGCUCCAUGUGCGCCGCGCCAGCAAGUCCAAACAGCUCACCUUGACGAACAACUUCAAACCCUUCCAUCGAUUCUUGGAAGUAAGACACUCACUGUAUGUUCAAGUCAUUUUUUUCUUCUAUUGCAGUCUUGAUACGGAAAACUGACGCCUAGACGUAGAAGUCCUCCCGAAGAUCCUCCUUGCACAUCACCCAAAAGCAUCGCCGCGCAAACGAUCCCGAGCCCAUCAUGAUUUCCGACAACGAUCUCUACCGCCUUGCGAUCUUCCUUGGCUCCGCUGCCAUGGUUCUCAUUAUCUUCUACCACUAUGUAGAAGUCAACACUGAAGAGGAAAAGCCCGAGAAGGCUACACGACCCGCGAAGUCCGUCAAAGCAGUGUCCUAGAAGGCCACAAAACGGCGCAAGUGAAAUAGUCAGGUGCCAUGGGAUAUUCGCUGUAAGAUAUAUAUGGCGAGAGGGAUUUGAGAGUUCUGCGACUGCCCUGAGACGAACGAGACGCGAGGCAUGGGGCGACAUAGCGAUGAGAGAGGGCAUUUGAUGUCAGUGUCUGAGGGGACAGGUGAUAUCCAUACGAUCUUUCAGGGGGUUGACAACGAAACGCUCCCCCCUUGAGAGAACACAGAGCUUCGCAAGUUAAUGCAGUCAAAGAAGCAAACACCAGGGGCAUCUACAAGCUCUUGCCCUCCAAAAUCGAAACAUUAGAGCAUCACCAUUGAGACGAUAGUCUAAUCUGGCUCAGCGCUGAAUUCACGUGAUGAACAUCGACUUUUUAGAAGGC